CUCUCUCUCUCUCGCUCUCUCUCUCUCUCUCUCUCUCUCUCUCUCUCUCUCUCUCUCUCUCUCUCUCUCUCUCUCUCUCUCUCUCUCUCUCUCUCUCUCCAUCCUAUAUCGUUGUAUCUGGACAGUGUGGCCAUGAUGACUGAAAUCGGAACUUUCAGAAAUCUGAGGAUCUCUGCUCAUCGCUGUCUGGUGAGAUGUCCUUGUUCCUGUUAUAGGAAUCAGAGAGGAUCUAGAAGUGUUAUUCCAGUCCGGCAUUGCAUCCCACUGCUCAGCCUGCACUCCACCCUCUCCUCUCAUCAUGAACCUGCUAGUAGUCUGUCUGUGCUAUGCGCUUUUGGAGCUCUUGGCAGUCAAUUGACCGAUCAGAUGAUGAUUGUGGCAGGGGACUACUCUCUGAGUAUGUUUGAGGGAACGGAGCAGUAUUCCAAACCUCACAGAAUCAUCCCCCAUCCUCUGUACAACAAGACCACCAACAAUGCUGACAUCAUGCUCAUCAAGCUGAGGGUUCCCAUGGUGAUGGGUAGCUAUGUGUCCCUGGCGCCCCUCCCUCGGCAGGGUACAGGGGUUAUGGCGGGGCGGGUGUGUCGUGUGUCGGGGUGGGGGUACACCUCUCUGGGAGAGGGUCAGAUCCCCUCCACCCUGCGGACUGUCAAGCUGCCCAUCGUGUCAUCGGCCAGGUGCAACAGCAGCGAGUCGUUCAACGGGAACAUCACCUCCAACAUGAUCUGUGCCGGAUACAAUGCUGGCGGCAAGGACGCGUGCAAGGGAGAUUCCGGCGGGCCGCUGGUGUGCGAGGGGCGUGUCUACGGUGUGGUAUCAUGGGGAAACGGCUGCGGAGAUGCCAAGUUCCCGGGUGUUUACACAGCGGUGUCCAAGUUCCGGCGGUGGGUCGACAGAACCAUCUACAGCUCCUACACACGCUGUCUGAAGUAUUAAAGAGAAGGAGAGUGGAGGAGGGAAAGAGAGAGAGAGGGAAAGAGAGAGAGGGGGAAAGAGAGAGAGAGGUAGAGGAGAGAGAGCGAAAGAGGGAGAGAGAGAGGGGGAGAGAGAGGUAGAGAUGGGGAGAAAGAGAGAGUGAAAGAGGUUGAGGGAGAGAGAGAGGUCAAGAGUGGGAGAGCGAGAGUGAGAGGCAGAGAGAGAGGUAGAGAUGGGGAAAGAGAGGGAGGUAGAGAUGGGGAAAGAGAGAGCGGUAGAGAUGGGGAAAGAGAGAGAGAGGUAAAGAAGGGAGAGAGAGAGAGUGAAAGUGGGAGAGGUAGAGAGGGGGAGAGAGAGAGAGGUAGAAAGGGAAGACAGCGAGGUAGAGGGGGAGACAGAGAGAGGUAAAGAGGGGGAGAGAGAGAGUGGUAGAGAGGGGGAGACAGAGAGAGGUAGAGACAGAGAGAGGUAGAGACAAAGAAAGGUAGAGACAGAGAGAGGUAGAGAAGGGGAGACAGAGAGAGGUAGAGACAAAGAGAGGUAGAGACAGAGAGAGGUAGAGAGGGGGAGACAGAGAGAGGUAAAGAGGGGGAGAGAGAGAGUGGUAGAGAGGGGGAGACAGAGAGAGGUAGAGACAGAGAGGUAGAGACCGAGAGAGGUAGAGGUAGAGACAGAGAGAGGUAGAGAGGGGGAGACAGAGUAUAAAAUGACAAAAUGUUAUCCAGUAACAAUGAUUGACAGAGUGUAUAACGGCUAUUAUAGAAGGUGUUGAUGGUACCAGAGAUGCUACACAAGUCCUUGUACAAUCAUAACUACUUAAAUGAGGUCAUGAUUAAACUACUUGAGAAAGAAAGGCUCCUGUCAGGAGUGCCUGUGUUACUGUAGAUGCCAACGGUCUCUAUUCAUGAAUAGAUACCACCAUUUGGGUUAAACGGCACCUUAUGGAUUUAUAAAUGGUAAUUAUGAAUUUACUGACACAUACAUCCUCAUCAUUUUAUACGAAUAAAUGGGAAGAUUUUAAAACACA